GAUGUGGUGCAUGUCCGUGCUAAAUUCACGGAACAAAUUUCGCGAGUGUAUUUCUAGUUUUCUGUAGGACGAAAUCCCUUCAUCAUUUCUUUCCGGCUUAGCAUCGACAAGAUCGAACAAAUCGCCGAUAUUAUGGAUUUAUUGGGAUCCAUCCUAAAAUCCAUGGACAAGCCGCCAUCCGUAAACGAGAAACAGAAGGCUCUCAUGAAAAAACAACAGGAGGAAUAUCAGAAGUAUCAGAAAGCUGAGGCAGAAAGACUGAAGAUCUUUCGACAGAAGGUUGAAGAGAAGAUUAAUAAGUUCUUACAAGAUGACGAUGCGAAGGAAUAUAGAUUUCCUGCCAUGGAACAGAUACGUAGAAGCAUUAUUCAUGAUGUAGCAGAAGUAGCAAAUGUUUUGGCAUAUUCCUUUGGUGAGGAAGGCGUUGAUCGAUACAUCGUGAUUUUUAAGAGAGAGCAUGCACCCUCAGAGGAUCAGUUGAACACACUGCGCCGAGGUGAAGAAUGGAACGAGGAAGUUGCAAAAAGAUUAAAGGAAGAAAGAGAAAGGAAAGCCAAAGAAGAAACAGAAUACGCAAAGUCUAGGAAACGAAAGGAGAAUUUUGUACCCAACAACAGCUACUACAAAGAUAAAUAUCAACAUUUGAUUGGCAAGGAAGCUGCUUUAGAAGCGGCGAGGAAAACAGAAGCCAAUAGUAGUUACGGAUGUGUUCCUAGCGAGAAUAAAAAGGAUCAAAGAAGUAUAGAACAAACUCUGGCUGACAUACGCGCCAAGAAAAGGAGACUGGAAAUGAAUACGGGAAAUGAAACUGGUAGCUGCAGCGAUAAUAGUACAAAAUAAUGCUAUAUAAUUAUAUAAAUAAUCAUAGGGU